UGCACUUGGAGUGGAGAAGCAGCUAAUAACAGAUACUCAGAUGACUGCUUCCUCCAAAGCUGAUCUGCCAAAGUUGAAUGCUUCUAGUGGCCGAUUGAACUUCAACAGCGCUUGGUGCUCAGCAAACUCCAAUGAGCUACCGCUCUUUUUACAAAUUGAUCUUCAUGAAAUCCACAUAAUUACAGCGGUCGCUACCCAGCCACGGCAUUCAAAUAUCGGUAAUGUUCAAAGCGUGACAAAAUACAACUUGAACUACUCAGAGGAUGGAGCCAAUUGGAGAAUAUAUCAACAUAAUGGGAAGGACAAGAAGUUCCUUGGAAACCUAGUUGAAGAUAUCGCUACUAAAACUCACCUGCCAAUUCCGGUGAAGGCGCGACUAAUUCGAUUUCUACCUCUUGGAAUGAUGUCUUCUACAUGUAUGCGAGUUGAAGUAUAUGGAGAAAAAUCUUCCACGGAAAGUACAGGAAAGCCUCCAGUCUAUCAACGAAGUAUUCUUCUAGAUGAUAAAAACAAAAUGCUUUUCUUAUGUAACAAAGAAUUUUUAAGGAUCAAGGCGGUAUGCUUUAUCAGGAGAUAUUUAAAGGACGAAAGUUGGAUUGCCUUGGACAGACGCAUUGUCAGCAUUCUUGGUUAUGAUCAAAAUGAAGACGUUAUCUAUGGCGUGGCCAGGAACAGAAGAUCAUACUUACGAUGUAACGUUACCAAGUGUGCUGCUAUUCCAAGUGAAGUCUGGUUAAGGUUGAGGGAUUUGUCAACCACAAUCUUAUCCACAGAGAUUGCUUUUGUUCCGGAGACAGGCCAUGAUUUUACUGAUACUCCAAUUUCUGGAUGCAAACUGGUUGAUAACGACGGCAAUAAAUGGGGAGGUGUUUAA